AUGGGACCAACACCAGAGUUUGCUAAAGACUUGAAAGUGGCGGAUCUUCUGCUACCACAGUCAAGAGGAUGGAAUGAAGACUUGAUUAACACUUUAUUACCUUGUUACAAGGAAGAGAUACUUUGCAUCGUCCCUGGUUCUUUUGAUACAGAAGAUUGCCUAGCGUGGCUCCCACAGAUGACGGGAGAAUACUCGGUGAAAACGGGGUACUACGCAGCACGAGAUCGAGCCCCAUCAGACCUAAUCGCUGCAGUCAACAACAACUUUAAUUGGAUUUCAGAGGUAUGGGGAGGAAAUUUUGCUCCAAAAUUGAAAAUAUUCCUAUGGAAAGUGGUUCAAGGAGCCUUACCAGUGGGAGAAAACUUAGCGAUCCGAGCAAUUGUACAUCAAGCAACGUGUAUCCACUGUGGAGAAGCUGAGACUACCCUCCAUAUAUUCUUCCUCUGUGAAUUUGCCCAGGAAGUGUGGCGUCUAGCUCCCUUCCGAAAUCAAUUUACCUCUGGAACUCUUACAAAUAUCAAAGCAGGAAUCAAAAUCCUCAAUGUGGCGGUGAGCUUACCGCCGACAGGAAUCGGCGCCGGCACGUUAGCACCAUGGAUCAUGUGGAGCAUAUGGAUGAGCCGGAACAACAAGAUCUUCAAUAAUAGAAGGUUCAAUGUGCAGGAAACCCUAAAUCUCGCCUCAAUCCGGGGCCACGGGAAUGGCAAGAGGCUCAAGAGUAGACACCGAUCCGCUCCGAAGCGAACAGAAAUCACAAUUAGGGUUUUACUUAUAAUCUUCAUCUUUGCUUAUACUUAA